GCCUACUGGACAAUUAUAGUGAUUUUUCACCUUGUGUUUCUUUGUCAGCUGAAGGCUUACGAAAAUAUUGCCUUACAUAAAUCUGCAUAUAUGUCCUCUACACAUACUCAAUCGUGGGGCGCAAAUAAAGCAGUGGAUGGGGACAGGAGAGCUCUCUACAGUUCCGGUACAUGCGCGAUUUCUGACAACAAGAAACACGUUGCUUGGUGGUACGUGGAUGUCGGAAAAGAACUUCCUAUACAUCAUAUUUCUAUUUUCUAUAGGACAGACAAUGUACCAGGUCAACCGUCAGCUAAUUGGGACAUGACACACAGAGGGCGAUUUGCUGGGUUCUAUCUUUAUAUAGGGAACGACACAGACAGAGAACAUAUGCAUCUUUGUUAUCACGAUAUCCAAAAUGGUACAAAUUCACCCAACAUUACCAUUGAAUGUGUUGAUAGAGGAAGAUACGUUAUGUUCUACAACGUUAGAGAUCCCGGAGAACACUACCCAGAGUAUUAUAGUAGCUCAGCAUUUGUAGAGAUCUGUGAGCUGGAAGUUUAUGGCUGCCCAGAAAGUGGUCAAUACGGUGAGGAGUGCGAGAAUUGUCCUCCCAACUGCCAAGAUAGAUUCUGUAACAUGUCCAAUGGAAAGUGCUUCUCCUGUCAGCCGGGAUUUAUGGGCGACUAUUGUAACAAUAGCUGCAGUCAAAAUACAUAUGGACAGAAAUGUUUAAAGCAGUGUGGCUCAUGUCGGUAUGGGAAGAUGUGUGAUAUGGUAACAGGAAGCUGCCCAAAUGGAUGCGCAGAAGGGUGGUAUGGUGAAAAAUGUAUUGAUGCUUGUCCCUCGGGGUACUACGGGUUUUACUGUAUGAACACAUGUAGUGAAAACUGCGUGAAGCCAGAUGACUGUGACCGAUCUACCGGGACGUGUACCGGGGGUUGUCUGUCUGGAUACAAAGGGGACAGGUGUCACACAGUUGAUGGUCCAGGAUUUAGUUCAGAAACUGUGUAUGUUCUCAUAGCUCUACUCAGUGUUGCGCUUCUUGUCAACGUUAUUUGUAUUACAACUUUUAUUACACGCAAGUUUUUCUGUAAAAAGGAUAUCACAAUGAGAAGGACUCACCCGAAUCCGAAACUGAAUAUCUACAGUGUGUUUCAGAACGACAGCUUUACUGAAGUGGAAGCUGGGCAUGGUUGUUAAUAUUUAGUUUGGAUAUUGGUCGUCUUAGACAAUAGGAAUGUUUAACAUUAAACUUUAAUGUCGUUUGAAUUCUGUGUUUAGUCAUGGCAACUACGUGAUAUGAUGAAAUGUACCAUAAUAUUGACUUUAAGUUUAUAUGCAAUGUUGAUUGCCUUAAUAACGCAUGCAAAUGUGAAUUAGAUACGACUCUGUAGCGCCCUUUCCAAAACUAUCGUCCGAUUUGUCCUAAGACAGAUCUUGAGAGAAACCUUAGGACCUGACUUCUGGUUAUCAUAAUAUUUGUCAUUGCUGUUUUAUAAAACUACCUUAAGAAGUAAACAAAUCUAAAAACUAGUAUUAAGAUGUACUUCAUGUAACAAUUAUAUGAGGAAUUGUAGAAAAAAAAAAUUAUUAUUAAAAACAGAGGAAGAA